CGCACACGGUAUUCUUUAGUAAAAGGCGAAAGAAUAGUUCGCUAUGUGCUCACUGCAAGGCUGCGUGAUUCGAGAAAGGUGGAUUGGCUGGGAUUUUAAAGGAGAGUCGGUUUGUAGCUUCUCAUAAGAUAGUCGAUGUGGUAGGGAUUGCUACACGGUGUUAUUGGGCUUCAUCGUGUCUUACACUACCCAGCUUCUAAAUGGGGCUUUUAUUUGGGCCUGUCUAAAACCCACCAAACCUUCAACCAUGGGCUUCCCUGCUAACAAUGAAGUCCAAACGCCUAUCGCCGGUAAAUAAAGACUUCUUUCAAUCGGGUUUCUGGUUAGCUUCUCCGAUAAUAAUUUGAGCAAUCACCCUCUUUCUUUCAUAUGGAUUCCGCUCCUGUGGGUGAUCUCUUGCUUCAAAUUCCCCGCAUUUUGGGAAAUCUGCUUCGACUGUGAGAGUAGGAGAAGGUGGGUUUCGGGAGACAGAAGGAGCUAUAACCAAUAGCAUCUGCCGCCGCACGUCGAGAAAGAAGAAGGCCGGCGGCUGUAACCACCGUUCGCCGUCUCAAGCACAUCAGCAACCUUCGCCAAAUCCGGCGAGCAGAAAGGCGAAUCCUUGAAGGAAACAGAUUGAGGAGAACUGGUUCAGUAGCGCCUGCUUUUGGGUUCUGAUUUUUGGGUAAUGUUGUGCACUUUUUCUCCUCCGUUCGUUAGGGCGAAACUGAAAAAUGUCUUCCUUUUUCAUAAUGAACCAGCUGGAUUGAGAUGUGUAGCAUGUUGCUUCUUGAUGAACAAGCAUGUUCUUUGUGCUCGCUAUACUAGCUGAAAGUAUGUCUUCUUGAGAGUGUAUAGAUAAUGAGGUGUCGAACCCUUUAAGAAGGCAGACCUUAGACCUUGUUCUAUGACUUAGUUUCCCUUUUCAAGUUCACCACUAAAACUUGGGCAGUGACUGCAAGCUUUGUCUUUGUUGCAGUGCCGGCAUUCCUCAAACCGAAACCAGCCGUUGCAUCGUAUCUUUAGUUAGUUCUGUGGUUUACAUGCUUUUACCGCUAAACUUGCUCUAUUUGAAUCUUGGAACAUCCUUCUCUGAGACCUAUAGGAGAAGCAUAAACGAAACUAGAAGGCUAAGUGAUUUGACCUAUACUGUCACUUACACUAACAUCUAGGAGGAAAUGUUUGCAGAGCCAAUCAGUAUUUUGGAGAGGCAGAAACAAUGGCUGAGAGGCAAGCUCUGGAUCAGCAACCUCAACAGCAGCAACAAGAGCCACAAUCACCAUCGCAGCAGCAAUCUCCUCCAAGGGAAGACAACAUGAUAGCUUGUGUCAUGGCUUUAGAGGCUGCUUUGCUUCCUUGCUUGCCCGCCAGAGAGCUCCAAGCUAUUGACCGCUCUCCCCAUCCUUCUCAUCAGAUUGAUGUGGAGAGGUUCUCGAGAGAAUUCAUGAAGGCUGCUAAGAAGCUUCAACUUUAUUUCAUCAAUCUCCAACGUGAAGACCAGCCGACUGAAACUGAAAUGUUGAGAAAGGAAAUUGCUGUUAUGGAGGAAGAGUUACAGACGAAGGACGAGCUUAUCAAGAAGCAAGAGAAACUAAUCCAAGGAUGGCAGGAAGAACUCAAAGAUCAGUUGGAGAAGCAUAAGAUGGAACUGGAGAGAGUAUAGACAUACUAAUGAAUGAACACUUAACAUUUGUAAUGGCUACCAGUCAGUCUGUCACUACUGAAAAUGUUUUGUUCUUCUCAUCUCUGGUACUAGAAGCUUUCAUCUUUUUGUAGGCCGGAAGCUCCAGCUGUUUCUUUGCCUACUUGAUCUCAGAUGCUAAUAUAAUUUAGUUUGAUUU